CUUAUCCAGGCGAUGGUUAGUUAGGCAGUCAGUUGAUUUGCUGCAUUGAUCUACGAUUAAUUGCUGACUUGAGCGGAAGCACUAUGUGCAGUUCGUUCAGUGAUUAUCAAGUAAUUUAUGCUGCUAUCAUUUUGAACUGAACGCAUAUGACUUUCUAAUUAUAUCAGAUGACUAGGCGAAUGUAGCAUUUUGGAAAUGCCGUUGCAUAUGUGGGAUGCAGGAACUGAUGGUCUGUAUGUUUUCACUGAGCCUUCUUUCUGCUUAAUGAAUGCAUCUAGAUGCGCGGGGAUAACACAGAAUUUCCACGCCCUGUGCUUCGCGUAUAACAUCGACUUCAGGUGAUUAUUCUCAGCGGCGACUUUGUGCUCAAUCGUUCAUCUUCCUGUAGCAUGUCGGUCAUUAAUGCCUUGGUACACUACAACAUAUCAACGCCCCUAUCCAUGCGAACGCUGUGGCAAAUCGUUUACUCAGACAACCACUUUACACAGACACUUCAGAUCUGUUCAUUUGGAUCUGCGCCCUCAUACAUGUGAAUACUGUGAGAAAUCGUUUUCUGAAAAAUCCACGCUGCAAAAUCAUGUCAACUCUAUCCACCUUCCCCAACAACUUCAUAAAUGUGAACAUUGUGAGAAAUCGUAUACACAGAAGGCCAAUUUGCAACGACACGUGAAAUUGUUUCAUUUGGAACAACGCAUAUAUACAUGUGAGCAUUGUAACAAACAAUUUGCUCGAAAGGACACCUUACAAACACAUCUCCAACGUGUUCAUUAUGAUCAACGCCCCUAUCCGUGCGCUCGCUGUGGCAAAUCGUUUUCUUGGACAACCACCUUACAAAGACACUUCAGAUCUGUUCAUUUGGGACAACAUGCAUAUGCUUGUGCCCACUGUGACAAAUCGUUUAGUGGAACACGCAGUCUAAGGAUGCACAUCAGAAUUGUUCAUACGAAAAAAUCCCCCCAAACAUGCGACCGCUGUGAUAAAUCGUUUUCUCACAAAACCAGUUUACAGAGACACUUCAGAACUGUUCAUUUGAUGAGUUCAAUGGACCGAAAAUGCCUGACUCCGUGA